UCCCUGGGUCUUCUCUGGCAUAUUGUUGCUCUGUGAUCAGUGUCUAUAGUUCUUGUACCAAAUAAAGUUUCUAGGAAUGUUUUAACACACAAAUUACUAUAAUCAAGUCCUUCAGAUCAUGGUGUAGGCUGUAGACAGAAGUCUGAGCGCAGGGCACCCAGCCUGCUCCCAGAACAAGCAGUUCCCCAGGAAGGACCAUUUGUGCCUAGUGACAUUUCUGCAAAGCGGACUUCAGGGUUUUACAAAAUGUUUCAGACUGUUAAGCUCUAAUGAGGACAAACAGCACAGCUGCCUAUGCAGGCCUGGUAAUUGCAGUGAGAUUACCUUGAGGAGUUGAACUCCUUCCAAGUGCCCCUGAUGUUUGGAUAAGUGCAGCUGUGUUUGGCAAAAGCAGGGGAGUGAGGAGUGAAGUUAAUGAUUAUCCCCCUUGAAUCCUGGGACCCAUGCUCCUGCUCUGCCCCAGCCACAAGGCAGCCUCACAAGGCAGCAUGGUCUUGCUCUUUCCUUUGGCUAUGACUGUGGGGCUGCUUAGUCUGACAGGCCCUGCCAGGAGCCCAAAGACUGAGCCCCUGAGUGGCUCCAGUGAGCAGCCUCUCUUCCGUGGAGCUGAUCGCUAUGACUUCGCCAUUGUUGUCCCUGCGGGUGGCACCGAGUGCUUCUGGCAGUUUGCACAUCAGAGUGGCUACUUCUACUUCAGCUAUGAGGUACAACAAACUUCAGGAAUUGGACAUGACAGACACAUCUUGGCCACUGCAAACGAUCCCAACGGCCUCCAAAUGGGCACUUCCCAGGAUGUACGAGGACAGAUGAACUUCCCAACCAAAGAGACAGGCUUUUACCAGCUGUGCUUGAGCAAUCGGCUCAACCAUUUUGGUUUCGUGCAGGUUUAUCUCAGCUUCGGUGUGUUCUAUGAAGGCUUUGACCUGCAAAACAUGCCAGAUGUGGAAAGGAAGAAAAUUAAUGACACACUGGAGGCAAUUGAGGAGAGCACCCGCAAGCUGCAGGCCCAUAUUUUCCACAUGUGGCGCUUUUAUAACUUUGCCCGGAUGAGGAAAGCAGCUGACUAUUUCAUCCUUCAGUCCAACUAUAACUAUGUGAACUGGUGGUCACUGGCUCAGAGCCUCGUCAUUGUCCUCUCGGGAGUCCUGCAGCUGUAUUUCCUGAAGCGGCUCUUCAAUGUGCAGCCCACUACUGCUACCAACAAAUCGAGGUGCUAAGGCCCUGAGCUUACACCACUGCUGGACCCAUGCAGCAGGAAGGACCAAAGGACAGGCCCGUAACAGUGCAGAGCACACUGAACUCCAUCUCAUCCUUUCUUCCCCUGCCUCCAUGGAUGUAUGGGAGAUCCUACCUGUAGUAGGAGCUGGGCUGUGGGAUUUUUCAGGUACAGAAUUCCCUUCAGUGCCCUAGCAUCCAGCUGGCUCUUUACCUUCCUUUGUUCUCUACUGUGCCUCUAGCACAAGACCCAUUUUUGGGGGAGGGAGAAGGGAUGGUUCACUGCAUACAAGGUGGGUGGGGCUAGUUUAGGUUAAUCUACCCAAUGGUCUAAUAGUGAAAUGGCUUGAAAAGCUGUUCACAUAUUAUAAAUAAAAGAAACAGUUCACACGGUGAAAGUACUGUCCUGUCUGAAGCCACCAUCCUCCAGGAACCAGGGCUGGUGGUACUGCCACAGGAAUUAGAUACCUGCUCUCUACGAUGGAAGCCACUGCUACAGCACUCACCUACACUGCUUCUGAUUAGCCCUGGGUGUGUGGUUAUGUGGUCCUCAAGUGGCACAACCCUGGUAGCUCCCCCUCCCCUGUCUUUGUUGGGGAACAAGGCAAAAAUGACCCUGGGGGAGGGGAGGAAUCACUUUGUUCCUGUUGAUUGAAACAGCUGUGUUCACCUCAGUCUCCUGUGACACAGAAUUUCCAGGAGCCCUAA